AUCGAAGAAAAACUAAAAAACCUUAUAUCCUUUGCCUUCCCUUUCUUCAUCUGCAAAGAAGCAAAAGGAGGAGAACAAGAACCGAGGAAAUUGGUUGCAGAGAUGAACAGCUUCACCGGCAGCGACAGCGAUGAAGAAAAGGGAUUGCUGUGGAAGCUUCCGGAAGUGAGGGUGAAGGACAUCGGGAAGGUCGGCCCAGCCUUCGGGUUCGGCGCCGGUUGUGGAGUCGGGUUCGGCGUCGGCCUGAUUGGAGGCUUUGGAAUCGGUCCUGGAAUUCCCGGUCUUCAGGCCGGUAUUGGAUUGGGUGCAGGUUGUGGGAUAGGUUAUGGCUUUGGUUAUGGUGUGGGGAAAGGCGUAGCUCAUGAUCACAACCGCAGAUACUCCAAUGUUGGCAACCAUUUCCGUGGUCGAUCCACUCUUUCCACUACGCAGGAUGAGAUUGGUGCCCUGUUAAGUGAAUUUGCUGUAAAGGCGGAGAGGAGAGUUAAGGCGAUUGCUAGAGAUUGGAAGAGGGAUGAGCUUGGUGCCCUGUUAAGUGAUUUUGCUGUCACCGCGGAGAGGAUAGUUAAGGCAACUUCAAGAGAAAUCGAAAAGUGGACGAGAUAGUUAACAAUGUUAACAGUAAAAGUUUGUACAUGCAUUUCUGAUAUUGCAACUUAUUAAACAUCACACUGCUUGCUUGGAGUUAGCGCUUUGGGUGGUACUGUAAUAUUGUGAGGUUUCAUGUCGGUCAUUUGGUGCCUGCCAAUUAGAAACAUUGCAGCGCUCGAACACCUAUUUAUCCGCUGCCCGGUAGCAAUUUUCCUUUGCCAUCCAGCAUCCACAUUGAUGCAAUUGCAUUUUGCAAUUACAUUUGUGGUUUUUUUUACACAUCAUUUUUCAAAC